AUUUUGUAAUUUUCAUAAUUUUAAAUGCUAUGCGAUUUAAAUCUUCAAAAAUAUAAAAAUGGGUUAAAGAUACUUUUAGAUGGAAAUAUAGGUACAAUUCGAUACGUUGGACCAUUGUUAAACAAGAAAGGUACAUGGAUAGGUCUUGAAUGGGAUGAUGAAAAUAAAGGCAAACAUGAUGGGGUUUAUCAGGAUAUUCGAUAUUUUCAAACAAAAAAAUCUAAAAAUGGUUCUUUUCUACCCUAUGAAGUUAUUAAAGAAAAGGUUAAUUUUGGUCAAACAUGUAAAGAAGCCCUAAUCAAUCAAUACUCUGAUUCCUUCUCUAGUCCAUCUAUUUAUAUAAAUCAUAACCAAUGUGUUGAAAAAGUAGGUUUUGAAGAUGUUACAACAAAGCAAAAAGAUCUCAAAAAUCUUAAAAUCAUUGGAUUGUCUAAUAAAUAUAUAAGUUGCCUUGAUAACCAUGAAUCAUUAAGUAAUCUAGCUCCUAAUGUUGUCAACCUUGAUAUAUCCAUCAAUCUCUUUACGCAUUUCAAAGACAUUAUUCACAUUUUUGAAGAUCUAUCUUUUUUGGAAGAAUUAAAUAUCAGCAAUAACCAAUUAUCACUAAAAGAUUUGGAUAGAUUUAAUAGGACAUUUCCCCAUGUUAAAAGACUGGUGGCAAAUAAAAUGAAUUAUGACUGGUCCCAGGUAGCUAAAUUGUUACAGAUAUUCCCAACGCUUAACGAACUUUACUUGGGCAACAAUGAUCUAUCCCAUCUUGCACUCGAUAAUUUUAUGGUAAACAAUUGUGUGAAAGUGUUAGAUAUACAAAGCAAUUCACUAAUAAAGAGUUGGCAGAACGAUAUUUCGCCACUGGCUAAAAUAUUUCCCAAUUUGUUUACCCUCAAUUUGAAUCAUGUGUGUAUCGGCGAUAUCGAUGGAAUGUUGCAUAAACCAGAAAAUGCUCCAUAUAAUUUUGAAUGUUUGCGAACCUUGUAUCUUCACGAUUGCCAAAUAAGGGAUUGGAUCAGUAUAAAUAAUUUGCUCAAAAUAGCGCCCAACUUGGAAAACCUCACCAUAUCCAGCAAUCCUAUAGCUCUAGACCCAGACGUCGAUUCUUCAACCUUAGAUCCCUACAGUAAGGAGUUGAGCCGAAUUGACUGGUGCCUUAUAGCUAAACUACCUAAACUCAAAAUUCUAAACGGCAGCACCCUCCACCUGUGGGACAGGAAAAAUGCGGAAAUUUAUUAUCUAAAACAUUUUGCCGAAGAUUAUCAUAAGAUCGGCGUUGCUAAAGAUAAUACCCCCUCAUCUGAUUUUUGCACACUUCACCCGACUUACCCGAGCUUGGUUGAAAAAUAUGGUGCUCCUGAUUCCAUGAUUAGUGUAGCGAACCUGAAUCAUUCCAAAAUCUCGGAUGAUCUUAUCAAAAUAGUAUUCAUGUAUAACGAUAAACGUUUAGUUAAAAGAUUACCCAGUAACAUGACAAUAUCUAAAUGCAAAUCCUUGAUUAAAAGAGCUUUUAAAAUUGACUCUCAUCUAUUUGGCGAUGUUCUCUUGACACUUAAAGACAUCCGCCACGAAAAUGGUAACGAUGUUAAUCUGGUGUACAUUGACCUUGAAAAUGAUUACAGCGAACUCUCCUUUUAUUCUAUUAAAAAUAACGACGAAAUAAUUGUUAAAAUAUCCAAUUAAUUUUCAUUGUUUUCUAAAUUAUUUUUUAAUAUAUGUGUUCUAUUGAUGAAACUAUUUUGAAAUAUAGGGAUAUAUAAAAACCAUGA